AUGAAAUUGGUGGAAUAUUAUUUUGACAUACUUUCAAAAAAAAUUGAACAACCAAAAGAUGAACCAAAAAAGGAAUCUCCCAAUAGUUUAUUCAAUUUAUUUUCUUAUUUUUCGUCGAGAUUAUUAUCAUCCAGCACUAGUUCUGUAUCCACCUCAAACAACCUAGAGUUCAAUAAGAAAAUUUUCAAAUGUAUCAUGACGGGUGACCAUCAUGUAGGAAAAACGAGCUUUGUGAAAAGCUCUCUUGACAGUUUAUCAAUUGGAGAUUACACUCCUGGAGUAGUGUCAUCAGCACACACAUUCAAAAUUUACAAACUUUGGGAUGGUAUCCUUAGAGAUUUGCAAUUAUGGGAUCAACCUGCUUAUUUUUAUACAUCUUUAUACAAGAGGAAUGCAAAUACUGCUUUGAUAAUGUUUGAUUUGAAUCGUUUAGAAUCAUUGGAUAGAGCCGAGAAUGAUAUUAAUGAUAUCAAAGGAACUGAAAAGGUGGAAAGUAUACUAAUUGGAAACAAAACGGAUCUAGUUCCAGAUUAUGAACGAAUUAUUCAAAGAAAGAGAGCUCAAUUAAUUGCUUUUAAAAGUAAUGGAAGUUUGUAUUUGGAAAUUAAUUGUGUGGAUGUUAAACAUGCUCAUAAUAUUCUUUUGUUUGUUGCAGUCAUGAUGUAUCUGAGGAAUGGUGACGGCAGCAAUGAGAAGGGAAUUAAGGAUUUUUAG